GGUCUAUCUAACUAAACGUUUCUAGUUCUAUUUUUUUUUUAACUUCAGCGACGUUAGAGGAUGCUCGCUCGCUUUCUUGUGCUCACCAUUCAACUUUUUGGAUGUGGCAAGAAAUUCAAAAAAAUAUUUAAUCUAUGUCUAUGCCCAUGACAUGAACACGGAUUUGCCGCAAGAGGGCGUAGUUGUUUUAUUCAGAAAAAUCUGAAAGCAAAAACGGGAAAGUUAAUAAUUUUUUGGUGAAAUAUCAACGAAUUCUUAUUUUUUUGGUUUAUAUUCUUUGAAAAGUGAUGCUCUGUUUUGAUGGGAUAAAGUGAAAGUUUUAUGUGAAGUGAAAUACAAGUUCUAGCGACCUAUGAAACAAAAAACUGUCGUUGCGCACGAUAUACCCAACGCCAUUUUGAGGCGAAAUUUUAUAGCGCGGGUCGUGGAGGAUGGCUGGCCGGCCGCUCCCGCAGUGACCGACCGACGCUGCAGCCGCGCAGCUGGCGCUCAUCAAGAUGCCGCGUCCGGGUAGUCUGAAGGACCCGGACAUUGCGGAGUUAUUCAGCAAGCAUGACCCAGAGAAGAUAUUUGAGGAUCUGCGCGAGAUUGGUCACGGCUCCUUCGGGGCAGUGUACUAUGCUCGCUGCAACCUCACCAAGGAGAUUGUGGCUAUCAAAAAGAUGUCCUACCUCGGCAAGCAGAGCGAGGAGAAAUGGCAGGACAUCCUGAAAGAGAUCAAGUUCCUCAAGCAGCUGGAACAUCCCAACACCAUAGAGUAUAAAGGCUGCUACAAGCGGGAGCACACGGCAUGGCUGGUGAUGGAAUACUGUGUGGGGUCAGCGUCAGAUAUCAUAGAGGUACACAAGCGGCCAUUACGCGAAGAGGAGAUCGCAGCUAUAUGCGAGGGCGUGGUCUGUGGUCUGUCCUACCUGCACAGCCUAGGCCGCAUUCACCGCGACAUCAAGGCGGGCAACAUACUGCUCACUGAGAACGGCAUAGUGAAGUUGGCUGACUUUGGCAGCGCCAGCAUCAAGUGCCCGGCUAAUAGUUUUGUGGGGACUCCAUACUGGAUGGCUCCUGAGGUUAUAUUGGCCAUGGAUGAGGGGCAGUAUGAUGGCAAGGUGGACGUGUGGUCGCUGGGCAUCACGGUGAUCGAGCUGGCGGAGCGCAAGCCGCCCUACUUCAACAUGAACGCCAUGUCGGCGCUGUACCACAUCGCGCAGAACGACUCGCCCACGCUCGCGGCGCCAGAAUGGUCUGACCGUUUCCGCUACUUCGUGGAGGCGUGUCUUCAGAAGAACCCCUCAGAACGGCCGUCUUCAUCCAAGCUUCUCUCACACCCCUUCAUCAGCAAGCAGCGGUCUCCCAAUGUGCUGGUCGACCUCAUACAGAGGACGAAGGCAGCUGUCAGAGAUCUGGACAACUUGAACUAUAGGAAGAUGAAGAAGAUAUUGAUGGUCGAUGCGGAUAGUGAGAGUGCUAUUGGCGACAGCGAGGAGGCGGCGGAGGAGCGGUCGGGCGGCGACAGCUCCAAGUCCAACUCGGCCACCUCGGAGCACAGCGCGGCCGGCGCCUCCAGCCAGAGCUCCUCCUCGGGCAGUCUGCGGCGGCGGCAUGCGAUGAACGCCAACCACCACAGUCAAGACCAGCAGGUGCCCCAGUACACGCACCUCAACCACCAACACUCGUCUCACUCGGUCAGGGCACGAAAGCGCUGGACUAACAUAUUCUGCUGUUUCCUACGCAGGGAGAGCGAGAGCCCUCUCCCCUCCGCCAACGACGACUACGUGAACCGGGACGCCCUGCGCGACUACGCGAACAGAGACUCGUUGUGUGACGACUACGGCGAUGACUACGCGAAUAGGGACGCGAUACGGGAGUCGCAGCGGGAAAGAGAGCGGGAGAGGCAAGCCAAUGAGUACAGAGACUAUGUGAACGCGCCGUCGACGUGGCAGCGUGAGCAGGACUCGGAUGAUAAUAGGAAUACGCAGCGCCGGCCGGCGCCUAAUAGAACUGGUGUGAGUAACAACGUGAGCGUGGCGCUCUCGCUGGCGGAGCACGGCGCGAACAACUUCGCCACGAUACGCACCACCAGCAUCGUCACCAAGCAACAGAAGGAACAUAAUCAGGAGAUGCACGAGCAGAUGUCGGGCUACAAGCGCAUGCGGCGCGAGCACCAGGCGGCGCUGCUGAAGCUGGAGGAGCGCUGCAAGGCGGACGUGGACGCGCACAAGUGCCAGUUGGACCGCGAGUACGACGCGCUGCUGCAGCAGCUGUCGCGCGAGCUGGAGCGGCUGCAGACGAAACACGCGCAAGAGCUCGAGCGCAAGACCAAGCAAAACGCGGCCGUCGAGAAGAAGCUAAUAAAGGACAUAACGGCGCGACAGGAGCAGGAGCGGAAGGCGUUCGACGCGGCGCGCAAGAGGGAGUAUAAGGCUAAUAAGGAGCGGUGGAAGCGGGAACUGAGUAUGGAUGAUGCCACGCCUAAGAGACAGCGGGACGCUACGUUGCAGUCCCAAAAAGACACCCUCAAACAAGCCGAAGCGGCAGAAGAAGCCCGACUGCUGCGCUCUCAGCGCUCACACCUGGAGCUGGAGCUGCGCCGCUUCCGCCGCCGCCGCAUGCUCGCCGCGCACCACAAGCAGCAGGAGCUGCUCCGAGAGGAGCUGAACAAGCGGCAGCUGCAAUUAGAGCAGGCGCACGCGAUGCUGCUGCGCCACCACGAGAAGACGCAGGAGCUCGAGUACCGACAGCAGAAGGGCGUGCACGCGCUCAGAGAGGAGCAACUGUCGAACCAGCACGCGACGGAGCUGGCCAACCAGCGCGAGUACAUGCAGCGCGCCGAGCAGGAGCUGCGCAAGAAGCACGCGCUGCAGCUCAAGCAGCAGCCCAAGAGCCUCAAGCAAAAAGAAAUGCAAAUACGGAAGCAGUUACGGGAAACGUGUAAGAUCCAAACGCGGCAGUAUAAGGCGUUAAAAGCGCAGAUAUUACAAACAACACCUAAGGAGCAACAGAAGGAGGUGAUAAAGAACCUGAAGGAGGAGAAGCGCCGCAAGCUGGUGCUGCUCGGCGAGCAGUACGAGCAGAGCAUCAGCGAGAUGCUGCAGAAGCAGUCCGUCCGGCUGGACGAGAGCCAGAUGAUGGAGUGCCAACAGCUGAAGAUGCAACUAGAACACGAGCUGGACAUGCUGACGGCGUACCAGAGCAAGAGCAAGAUGCAGGCGGAGGCGCAGCGCAACCGCGAGCGCCGCGAGCUGGAGGAGCGGGUCGCCGUGCGCCGCGCGCUGCUCGAGCAGAAGAUGGAGUCGGAGGGCGCCCAGUUCGUGGCGGAGCGCGCGGAGCGCACGCGGCUGCUGCACGAGCGGCACGAGCGCGAGCUCGACCACUUCGACAGCGAGAGCGCCAGGCUCGGGUUCAGUGCGAUGGCGAUAGCGGAGGGCAGCCGCGGCGACUACGACGAGGAGCAGUCGCUGUCGGGGUCGAUGCUCUCGCUCGCGCACAGCAACUCCUCGGCCAGCUUCCCCGCCGGCUCGCUCUAGCGCGCCGCCCACUCGCUCUCUUGCUAGCCACCCGCCUCCUUGCGUACCACACACACUGGCCACUCGGAAAAAAUAAAAAGUUAAAUUCGAAGAAAAAUUUACGGACUCGUGGUCAUAGUUGGAUGACGAGCGCGCGUUCCAAAAUCAAAUCACUUCAUUUUGAACACGGAUAAUCAAUACAUUCGCCCACAAUCUGACUCAAUCAUGUACAAAUAUUGAAACCUUAAUUAUUCUAAAGAUUCCACCAAAAAGUGCUUUAUAGAUUCGAUGUCAUGUCAGUAUUGUUACAGUAUGCCUGUAGGUCCCGUCGAUAGGCAAGCUUUUAAUCUCGGUAUAGGCUGUUGAAUCACGAGGUAAACGUAUUUUUAUAUAGUCAGUAAUUAAAAGUAUACAAAAUGCUAGCGGACUAUUAGCAAUAGAUCGUGGUCUAUUAUAAUUUAAAUCGCUGAGACUGUACGGCCCUCCCUUAGCGACCAGACACGCAAUAUUAAACUCUACGGCAUUCGUAUUAAACGCUUGAAUAGUAUUUACGUUGUCUUCCAACUUACCAAGUGAUAAGUGCGGGAGGGCUUUUCCUGUUCUAUAUUUUGAUAAGAUAUCGCGUCAGUAUGUAAAUGAUAUGCAAGAGUGUGUCCUAAAUUUUUGUACGGUAAUGGUUGACCCGAACUGAUCUAUAUAACAUUGCUUUUAUUACCACGCCACUGCCAAAUAAAUGGCGCAUAUUUAAUCGCAAAUGUACAUGUUACCUCGUUGUCUUUAAUUUGGCGUUGUACGUUGAGAGAUUGACUGUAAAGUUUAAGGCACACUGUUGUCUUACCAUUUAGUGUGUAUGUUGAAGCGUCGAGUGCUGAUAGAAUGGUGUUAUUAAUUAUUUAUAUGAAAAUGCAAUGAUAAGUGAAAAUGAGACGCUUUUUUCUAUUAGGAAUCCUAUCACAACGCCGCUCGGUGCAGUUCCGCUUGCGACCGCCCAUGACUAGUACUAAACAUGAUGCAAUAAAUGUUCCAAGAUCUCCUAGGCGUAAGACAAUGAAUCACAGGUGACACAUGACGUUUAGACCGUCCGUCCUAUGAAGACGAGCGCACGCGCAACUGUACUGAAUGGAAUAGACGACGCGAUUCAAAUGAUUAGUACUUGUCAGCUCUUGUAUAAUAUUGUAGUGUACAAUAAGUUUCUAUAGUGUUUAGGGAACUUUUCAUCUCUAUGUGAGAGCAGCAGAGAUGAAAGAGGAACGAAUGAACAAGUAGGGGCCGCGCGUGUUGCGCAGGAGUGACCCGGCCCCGCGCAGUCUGCUCAAACUGAGCCUCCCGCGCUCGUCGCCCAUUGGUUGAAAAUAUUGGACAGAAACUAUUAUUUACAUGUUUAGAUAGUCGAAAUUUCUAAUGUUCAUAUCAUUAGGUUUUACUUUAGGAGCAAUUUUUACAUUUUAUAUAUGUAGCUGUGUUGUUGUGAGUUGAAAUUUUAUUGAGUGGACUGAUAUAUAUUUUUCUUUUUUUAUUUGGCCUAGUUUGAUUUGUUGCGGUAAAAGUUGUUUGCAGCGAUGCAAUCGAGAUUGUGUU